AGAUAUUCACAAAAUAGAAGCAGCAAUAAGAAAUUCAGAACUUUUUUAGAGUUGAUUUAUGGUACUAUGGUUAACUAUACUUGCAGAGGAGAUUGUUCUGCAUCCGAAGUUGAAAUCACCAUUCUAAAUAGUAAAGCUUAUUUAUAUUAUUUUUACACGAUCAUUCUUGUGGUUCUUUGCGAGGCCUACCGACAGCUUUAAUUAGCAAUAGAACUUUGUAUUUCAGAAUUAAAUUAUAAUUUCUCAAGAUCUAUCUGUAUCUGCGAUGUGUAUAAUCUGAAUGUGAUUGAAAAUCAAAUCGAAUUCUGGCGAGAUCGCGCUCGCUCGUUGUUUUUCAAUAUAAUGGCUGUGUUCGAAUGAGACACGGAUCUUUUCUUCUGCCCCGUUCUGUACCAGGUACAAGCUGGUCUCGACGCUCAAAAUUCUAGUACACGCAGCCAUUUGAAAUGACGAAACUGAUCCCCGACUCGGGUUUAUCGACGUGACACACAACGAGGCGUCCUUCGGCUCCUGAACGGAGCGCGAACUGCAGCUGUGGCGACAAAAUUGAUAUCGAAAAAACGCACGUUCUCGCGAAGGAAGAGUGCGGGCAGACGUAUCGAAGAGGGAAACGAGAGAAUAGGCUUGUGCCAUUUCACUGAAGCUCCAAGGGAAACCGCGAGAGGAACGGAGGUGAGAGACACGUGUGCGCGAGGAGGAGGAAGAGAAGAAGAAGAAGAAUCAGAAUCAGUUAAUCUGUUAUCACAGGAUCGGAAAUCCAAUGAAGAUCCACUGGCAUGGACACGCGACUCAGCCCCCGAAAUUCGGAGGUGAACGCUCUUGAGCAGCGGGGCUAUCUUAUUGGCAAAAAGAUCGGACAGGGCUCGUAUGCGACCGUGCACCUGGCUGAGUACGUGGAUGGUACGAGCUCCAAGAAGUUGCGAUUAGCCUGUAAGAUAUUCGACAAAGAGAAAGCGCCCCUCGAUUUCCUGAACAAGUUUUUUCCCCGUGAACUCGAGAUCCUUACGAAGAUCGAAAAUCCGCAUAUCAUUCAAGUACACAGCAUACUGCAGCGCGGUCCAAGAGUGUUCAUAUUCAUGCGCUAUGCCGACAACGGUGACCUCCUGGACUUUAUAAAAAGGAACGGUGUGGUGCCGGAGCAGCAGUCGAAGCUCUGGUUCAGGCAGAUGGCUUCCGGUCUGCAUUAUUUACACGGGAAGAACAUCGCCCAUCGCGAUCUCAAAUGCGAGAACAUCCUGCUGUCCAGGAAGUUCAACGUAAAGCUCGCCGACUUCGGGUUCGCCCGGUUCUGCAUCGACCACGAUGGUAGGCGCGUUUUGAGCGAGACUUAUUGCGGUUCCGCGGCGUACGCUGCGCCGGAAGUCGUCCUCGGCACCCCCUACAACCCGAAGCUGGCCGACGUCUGGUCCCUCGGGAUAAUUUUAUUCAUCAUGUUAAACGGUACGAUGCCCUUCGACGACUCGAACUUGAAGAAGCUGUUGAAGGAUCAGAUGUCGAGGAACUGGAUGUUUCGCUCGAGGGUGCGGGAAACUGUGUCCGCGUUAGCCAAGAGCAUCGUUAAACACAUUUUGGAGCCGGACAUCACCUUGAGGCUAACGUUGGAGAGGGUCCUGGGCCACGAAUGGGUCAGGACCAAGAAAGAGAAGCCUGGAUCUCUCACCGGACGUUUGGUACACUCAGCACCGCCUAUCCACGCUCAGACUUGCGGUGGGAACAUGGUCGGAGCCGGGGCUGCUGGCGGUUGCAAUAUACCUGUAGUACUGAGAGGUCUGCCAUCGUUCAAGAAUUCGGACAAUCAAAAUCAUGGUAACGCCGUGAAGUCUACGGACAACGCGGGGAAAGAUACACAGCUGUCGGCCGUCGAGUGAGACGAUUUUAAUACCACGGACCACCAACCAGGGAUGAACCACAGCGGUCGUUCGUACGUCGAACGGUCGAACGGUUGAGCGAGGUGGCGAGAUAAAAUCUGGACACGUUCUUCGCAACGCACGAGAGACACAGAUUUGUACAAUGCAUUUUUCUUUCUUACUUUAUUUUCACGAUUAUUGUUGAUCUAUACAUGGUUUUUACUAACGGAUACUUUAAUAAAGGAUAUUACUCUAUUUUAA